GUUUGCUUUUUGCUUUCAUCCUUCAUGUCGUCGUUGUUAGCUUGCCUCACAAUUCUGGCUUCAAGUCUCAAACUACAUAUUCAAGAUGUGCAUUGGCAAGAUUUACCCUUCAAGCUUCAAGUCUCAAAGCUCAAAAUUCAACCUGCAUUUGGUCUUCUAAGUCUGAUAUGCCUGCCCUCAACAAGCCAAACAUACAUUAAAAAUCUGACAAAUAAAUGUCCUGCCCAAUCCGGUUCGCAAGGGUCAAUAUUUCAACAUUGCAAGUCAUUUCAUUCAAUUCAUCGAGUGAGCUGUUUUUGGCUGGUCUCCAUUCCUCUCACAAGCUCUAAAGGUGAGUACAUCCAAGGCAGGUGUGUCUUAACUUUUUUGUAAAUGCUUGAUAGGAUAUGUUUCCAUAAAUGUUUGGUAUUCAUAUAUAGAUG